AUGCCAGGCGAACAUCCAACUUUGUCGGAGACCGAUUUAUCCGAUGCAAUUGCUGCAAAGAAUUAUCCCAGUUGGACACUUUACAUUCAAGUAAUGACUGAUGAGCAGGCGAAAUUGUGUCCAUUCAAUGCAUUUGAUAUGACGAAAAUAUUCUCGCAUAAAUUAUAUCCUCUUCAUCGAGUGGGCAAAUUGAUACUAAACGAAAAUCCAACCAAUCAUGUUUCUCAAAUUGAACAGGCCGCUUUCACUCCUGCGAAUUUACCACCUGGUAUCGAUGUAUCGUCUGAUCAAAUAUUGCGAAUGCGUAUAUCUGCCUACAUCGAUGCGCAGCAACGUCGACUCGGCCCAAACAGCCGACUCAUUCCUAUCAAUAAUCCAGAAACAAAUCCUAAUUUUCGAAAAGUACACCCUGAUAGUCUUAAUAAUGAACAAGCAGUGGCUAAACACAAUGCUCAUGCUGGGCCUGGAAAUAUGCCCUUUGAAGAUGAUUUUUACCAACCACGUAACUUCUAUCGACAUGUGUUGGACAACCAAGGUCGUGCGCAUUUGAUCAACAAUAUUGCCCGAAGUUUAUCACAAUGUACUGACAAAAAUGUCAUUCAGCGUACACUGAAUCUUCUAUCUAACAUUGAUGUCGAUUUUGGACGUGCAAUAGCAUCGAAAGUGAAUCGCUAA